AUGCUGAAAAAAUCUUUGAAAGGGUCUGAAGAUCAAGAACUGAGAGUAACACCUGAAACAGCAAAUGUGGUGCCAUUUGGGGAUGUGGUUGGCUGUCUGGCUAUUCAUAUAAAGAGCUGCAGACAUUUUGUAUCUCAGAUCAACUUACAGCAUUACAAUAAUUUGUACAUUCGCAUCUCUAUAAACAACAUUGUGAAAUGUACAAAAAUGUGUAGCUUGCUACCCCAAAACACACUAUAUCACAGUAAUGAAAAGAAAUCUAUAAUUAAGUUUGAUGAAGUGAAGUAUUUUUCUGUACAGGUUCCCAGACGUCAAGAUGAUGUGCGGAAUGAUAUUUACUUGGAUCUAAUGCAAUAUGACAAUAAAGAAAACCAAAAUCUCUUGUUAGGGCGUGUUCAUGUACACCUUUAUGAAGUAAUUCAGAAAGGGUGCUUUACUGAAGAAUUUCAAAUGUUCAAUGAAAACACAUUUAUCUGCAGGGUGGAGGUGGAAUUUAUGUUCUCCUAUGGAAACUUUGGUUAUGGAUUUUCGCAUCAGUUAAAACCUCUUCAGAAAAUUGUUGAGCCAUCCAUGUUUAUGAAUAUUGCUCCACCUCCAGAAAGGACAGACCCUGUGACAAAUAUUAUUAUACCACAGUCAAUAGAAUAUCCAGCAUUCUUAUCCCCAGACCUGAAUGUUACUGUUGGGAUGCCAACUUCAGCACCCCAAUCCAGCCAGCCCCAAGUAGUGCGACUUGAAAAACUUCAGCAACGACCUCGGGAAAGGCUGGAGAAAAUGAAAAAAGAAUAUAGAGAUCUGCAUACAUGGAGAGAAAAAGCUAUGUAUUUGGAAGGAGUUCUUAUGCACAAAUUGGAACAUAAUGAACUUAAGGAAAGUAAUUCCAAUGAGGUACUUGAAAGCCAAUUUGAAAAGAAGCCUGAAGAUACUGUAACAUCAGAUAUGUCUCUUAUAAAUGAAGAACCUGAAUCUAUUUCAAAUGAGUUAAUGGAUAAUGGUGAUAAGAAAGGCCUGACUCUACCAACUUUGAACCAGAUGGAUUGCGCUGAUUUAAAUGCUAUUGCUUCUAAAACUGAUGAAUCAACAAAACGAAGAGAUACUCCAUUGUUCACUACUCCUAGACGAACAUUAGUAGAAGGGAACAAAAUACUACCUCUAGAGGAACACCAACCAGAAGCUACAACAGACGGAAAACUGAAUAAUAUACACCUUCAACGGGAAGUAAAAUUAAAAGAUAAACAUUCAAGCAUUUUAAAUAUAGACUCAUCUGCAUCAGAGGUGGUUUUUUUACAAAAACAGUACAUGGUACCACCUUCAAGACCAGAAUAUAUAGAAGUCAAACCAAAAUAUCAGGUGAGUAAUUUCAACACCAAGGAUGGUUUUGCUCCUUUUCUAAAGAAUAUACACAACAUAAUGUCAGUCAGUAAAAGGAACGAUCAAAAUAUGUCCAAAUGUAGAAACGUUUCAAGUGCAGAGGUUAUAGAAUAUGAAGACCAAGAUCCUCCUCUCCUAACACAUUCAAGAACUCCGAGACCUGCUGAUGAAACCUGGCCCCAUGCCCAUAAUCCUGAUAUCAGCGCAAUAAAGACUUCAAACACUAAGAAUAAUUUAGCCCUUGAUCCUAGUUUCACCACAAUAGAGAGUUUAGAUAUUAUGAACAAGUUAAAGGAAAGACUACCAAAUGUCUCUUUACCAAACUUUGGAGGAGAAUCAUCACUCACUGGAAAUGUAAAUGUAAAUUCAUAUCGCCUCUCAAAAUCAUUAAGUCUUACUUCCCACAUAGAAAACUUAAAACAAUCAAUGGUGUUCAAGUCAGUUUUAAGUAAAAAUCUGCAAGACCUUCCAGAUAAAUUAUUUUCUAGACCAGAAAUUCCUAUGGACACUGAAGCAAGAGAGAAAAGUCAAAGUUCUCCAUUUCUAAGUGUUCAUGAUAAACCACCAAGUAGUUUGGAAGGGAAAAUAUUUGAAAAAAUCCAAGAUUUAAAUAGCUGGCUUUCAAAAGGAGACAUUUUGAAUUCAAAGUCUCUUGUAAAUCCAAUAAUUAAAGAUAUUCCUGGAGUUUCACUGUCAGAAGAUGGGCCAGGAAAUUCUCCAGAGGUAGAAAGGGAACUUGUCUCUGAAAAAGAUUUAGAGGCUAAAAAACUUUUAGAGAUAGCUUUUCCAAUGAAAAAGAAGAGUAGUUUCAAAAAGAAACAUUUAGAAAGUGAAGUGCCCAGCUCCAAACCAGGUUUCGAUAGUAUCACACAUGAUUAUAUUAUAAAGCAAAUAUUCACUGCCCCAAUCUUCUCCAAGUUGGAAAUGGAAGUGGAAGAUUCCAGUGAGAUACAGAUGAACUGGCAGGAUCAAUUACCCACAGCUUGGGAGAGUUUAUCUUCAAAUAUUCUAGUUCACUAUGAAGAAAAUGAUAAUGAAAUAGAAUUGCCGGAGGCCAGAUCUGUUAUAAGCCAAAUAAUACAAGCAUUUCCUAUAGAUUCUCUUUUAGAAUCUGGGGUAAUCAACGUGAUGGAAUUAGAUAAAAAAUACCAGAAGAGUUCUGUGCUGGAUACAGAGACAGCCUUUGCUGAAGAAAAGCCAAAGGACUUCACAGAGGACUAUUCAGAAAUCAAAAGCAAAACAGAUUCUCUUUCAAAGCAGAAUAUACCCAUGAUUCCCAAAGAAACCACUUCUUUUUUUAAUAGAGUCGAAUUUGUAGACAAAGGCCAAAAUACAUCCCCACAAGAUUCAAAAUAUCAAUCAACACCAGAUAAAAAAACAGAUUUGCCAAGUAAUGGUCAGAGGCUUUAUAGAGAAGAAAAUGAUCUAAGUUCUAUCUUAGAAAAUUUUAGUAACUUGUUAAUGGGUAAAUUUAAUGGGUCAGAUGCUAUAAUGUUAAACUCCUUUUUCAAAAACAUAUUUAAUGUUUUUUUAAAAUAUAAUCAGUCUGAAAAGAGAAGACAACCAGAAAAAGAAUUAGAAAGACUAAUUCAACAUCCUUUUCCAAAUAAUGCAGAAGACCUUGGAGAAAUCAAAGAGAAUUUUGAUGACACAGACAAAUUAGACAGAAAACCUAGUUUGAAUCCAAAGCUGCGUGUAUUUCUAGAAGCACUCUCAGAGUCAGAAAUAAAAAAUUUAAAAUCUGAAUUAAGUAAACAUAUCCAGCAUUACCUUGUAGAAAAACUUUCAGAAUCUGGACAUAUCACCAAAGAGGACUUACCAAAAAUCUAUCAAAACCUGUAUUUGAUGAAUGAGAAAGCAGAACCAAAGGGGCAAAAUGUUUUUCUGGAGAAACAUUCAGAAAUCGUAAAAGAAACCAUGUCUUUUGUAAAUAAUUUUAAUCAUCAAUUCAUAGAUAAACAUUUGGAAAUAAGGCUGAGAUCUUUUUUAAAUGAAAUUCUUCAAAACUAUUUCCUAAAAAAUCUUUCGGAAUGCAGUUUAUUUAAAGAGACAGAAGCUGAACCUGUGCACUCAAACAUAUCUUCUCAAAGAACUGAAAGUGCUUCAAUAUCUUUUCACGAGUUAGGACAAGACAUUUCAAAGGGGAGUUUUGGUAGAAGGCUUGCACUAAACAUGAAUUAUCCUUUAAAUAAAUCUCUACAAAACUGUCUUGUAGCUUUAUCAGACAAUGAACUGUUAAAUCUAAAAGCUGAUUUAAGCAAGUACUUCCAGAGAUGUUUUGUAGAAAAACUUUCAAAAUCAGGACUAAUCACUGAAAAGCAAUUACAGGGAAUCAGCAACCACAUAAACUUGAUUCAGUCUAGGCCCACACAAUUAAAAUGUAUAAAGCCAGAUUUAACUUUCAGAGAUGAAAAUCAAUUUAAGGAGAAGCAUUCAGAAAUGCAAAAUAAAUAUUCAAAAAUUGUUCAUAAAACCACUUUACAGAAGGCUCCUGAGGAUAAUGUUAUAGAAACAGAAUUGACCAGAAUGGAAGAAAAGGAGUAUUUUCCCUUACAGAAUAUUAAAGAAAAUCCACCAAUAAUUAGAGAACAGAAAAUACUGACUUUAAUGAAAGUACAACCUUCUUCCAACAAAAAUACCCAAGCAAUUCCAUUACAGAGGUCGUCAGAAAGACGCACUGAUACAGUGCUUCUGAAACAAAGGAAAGAACAUGGUUUCACGCAGCUUCCUCAAGCGGAAAAUUUAUAUUUUGAAACAGAGAUUCAAGACUCACAGAGUUGGAGUGAUAAAUCAAAAAUCCCUCAAUCAAACGCUUGCUUUGAAAGGACACUAAAAAUGAAGUCACUUGAAAAAAAGGAACAUAAUGGCAUCUAUAAAUUGACGGUACAGGAAAAACCUGAAGCAGUGUUGUCAAUGUAUCCCAGAAUUCCUUACUGCAAAAUGCCGCAUGAAGAUGAAGAAUUAGUAAACAGCUUCCCUUUUCCUUCCAGGCCCAGUAACACUUUAACUCAUUUCAGUUCAGAGGCUGGAGAGAACUCAAAAUUAGACCAGUUUUGUCAGAGAACUCAAGGAUAUAAUAACAAUAAUAAAAAACAACAUUUAGGAACAUUUGCACACUACAAAAGAGAAAUACAAGCUCUUUAUGUAAAACCAAGUGAAAUUUGCAAUAAAAAACGUGCCGGGUUCCUUGAAUCACAGUCGUUUAAACAUCAAGUUGUGGAAACGGAGAAAAACUCAAGAUUAUUCCUCUUCCCAGAUGUAUUAAAGAGAGAAAAUCCAAAACCCAAGCUCGAAAAAGAAAGAAACCAUGUCAACAACCAAAAAAAAUCACUUAAGAUUGUUAAGGUACCGCCAGCCACACCGCCCCCCACAAGAAUGCUGAGGAAAUCUGUUCCCAGGACCUUGUGUCACUGGACUGCAAGAAGAACUAUACAUGAUUGUUCUGACAGAUUUGAGGAUUUACCUCUGACCUCAUUUCAUCAUCUUGAAAAAGUGAAAUCAAGAGCAAGCCUUUUAGAAAAGAGCCCAGAUGCUAGCCAUUAUCAUUUAAAACACUCCACGAGACCGAAUACUGCUCCAGACAUUAACAAACGACGAGAAAGCUACAUUGGAAAAUGUACAAGUUCUAGAAGGGUUUCAAGCGGCUUAAUUCAUUUAAAUGAUACAAUCCCAGAUUAUGAAAUCCAUAAAAUGCAGCAAAAAAAAAAGAAGGAAAUCGCUGAAAAAUGUUCGCUCAUUCGUGAUAGUAUCCAAUUGUUAAACAGGUCAGAAGGAUAUGUGAGGCCAACAGUCAGAAUACCACUUCUCCAAUUAACAAAAUGGUUUGGAAAUCUGUCCUUUUGUGUGAUAGAAGUCAGCAACCAAAUUUCAUCUUGUUAG